AUGAGUAGAGGCGAAAUUGGUCGUGCAUAUGGUGGUGGAAGAAAUUUUGGUGCAGGAAAUAGAGGAAGAUUUAGCUCGCCACGAGGAGGGCGUGGUGGUGGUUCAAGCGCAAAUUUUUCACAGGCGUAUCAGGGACCACCUAAUACAGUAACGCCAAUGGGCGAAUUCAUACACGAAUGUGAAGGAGAAGCAGUCUGUCGCUCAAUAAAUCCAAAAAUUCCAUACUUUAACGCGCCAAUUUAUCUCGAGAAUAAGACACAGAUAGGAAAAGUAGAUGAAAUUCUCGGGCCGAUAAAUGAAGUUUAUUUCACAGUCAAACUACAAGAAGGUAUAAUCGCGUCGUCGUUUAAACUCUCAGAUAAAUUCUAUAUUGCCGAUGAUAAGUUGUUGCCGCUGGACCGGUUCUUGCCCAAGCCGCCUGUUGUGCGGGAUAAAGGCAAGUGUUUGAGAUCUAGAAAGUCAGGAGAUCGAGGUGGUCGUGGAAAUGAGGGCGGGGAGGCGGCGGCUUUCGUGGUAGGAGAUAGAAUAUGA